AUGAGCGCCAGAAAGUCCCCGGGGCGCAGGAGGAGGAAAGCGGCGUGUCCCGCGCAGGUAACAACAAGAGAAGACCAUUUUAAUAUAAGGGAUCCAGUGUCUGACAGUGAGAAACCUUUUAAAUUGGAAGGAAAGGCUAAGAACAAAGACAAAGUCAUCCAUAAACUGAAUUUAAAGAUUGACGAUCUGAAGAAGAAAAACCAUGAUUUAAAGCAACAUGUUAUGGAACUGCUUGAUAGUAAGCAGGUGGUGGUGAGUCAGGUGGACAGUUUGACCAAUAAGAAUGAGUAUCUGUGUAAAGAACUUGCUGUAGUUGACAAACUAGCUGAACAGCUGGAAAAAGAAAAAGAAUUAGUCUUGGAUACUGCUGACCAGGAGCUUGAGGAAGCAAAGACUCAAAUUAGAUGCCAGCAAAACAAUAUUAGGAAGUUGGAGCACACAAUCAAAAUACUUAGAUCUGUUAUUUUAGAAACAGAAUCUGAAAAAACACUAGGGAAGUCUCCUUCAAGACUUGAUACCUUUAUCAAGACAUUGGAGGAGGACAGAGAUUAUUAUAAAAGUGAAGCUGAGAAUUUGAGGAAAAUGUUUCGAAACACAUCUUCAAGUCCUAAGCACAGCCCCACUCGUAGCAGCAUUUCAAAACAUUCUUCACCUAUCCAGGGAAUGAGUUUAGAUCCAGAAGUUAUGAAAAUAUUCAGAGAACGUGAAGAACUUAAGUCAAUGCUGGAAAAAUAUGAGCGCCACAUGGCAGAAAUUCAGGGUAACAUCAAGGUUCUAACAGCUGAGAGAGACAAAAUCAUCAUUCUUUAUGAUCGGGCACAGGAAGAAAUAUCCCGACUUCGCCGAGAUGUUAUCAAAUCCCCCAAGAUUCCUAAAACAACUGUGACAGCCCAGGCUAUCUUAAGGCGUGUGGAGGCAGAAAGGGAUACGGCUCUUUCUGACUUCCGAAGGAUGACCACAGAACGAGAUAGCCUCAGGGAGAGGUUAAAGAUUGCCCAGGAGACUGCAUUUAAUGAGAGGGCUCACCUGGAACAGAGAAUUGAAGAGCUGGAAUCAACAGUUCAAGAUCUUGACAGUGAACGUUUGGAACAAAUAUCAAAGAUAGCACUGAUGAAAGAGACCAUAGAUUCUGUGGAAAUGGAGAUGAAAAUAUUGGCAAGAAGGGCACUGGAUUCAGAAAGUGAGCUCAGCAGACAAAAAGCAGAAUGUGCUUCACUAAGCUUAUUAAAUGAAAAGACAGAACAGAGUCUUUCAGAGACGCAGCGACAUCUUGCUAAAAAAAAAUAUGAAUUACAGCUUACCCAGGAGAAAAUUAUGGUUUUGGAUGAAAAAAUUGAUAACUUUUCGAAACAAAACCUUGCACAACAACAAGAAGUCCAUAUUCUCAAAGAAACUAUUGCUGAGCUGGAUACAGAAAAGGACUCUUUACAAGAAUGUGUGGAUGAAAAAAAUGAGAAAAUUUCUUCCUUUCAAGAAACCCUGGCAAUGAAAGAAGAGACCAUUUCAGGUUUGAGGGAUCUCAUUUCUGAGAUGGAGCAAUCAUCAAAACAGUCUACUGAAGCUCUAUGCAUCUGUGAGGAGGAUAUCUCCAGAUUGCGUCAACAACUGGAUGAAACCAAUGAUGAUCUUGCUCAGACUGGCAGGGACAGAGAAUCAUUAGCUCAGGAGAAUGACAGGUUGCAGGAGCAACUUCAUAGAGUUAAGAAGGAAAAUCAGAUUCUACACCAAAAACUUGCAAAGUGUCAUAAUGAGCUUGAUGAUAUGAAGUUGAAAGCGCAGGAUUCAAGCUCAGAUAUUGCCAGACUGAAGAGCACAUUGAAUUCUAUAGAGAGAGAGAACUCUGAACUUUCGGAGAGCUACCACAGAGCCAGUGAACAGGCAGAAAGCUGGGAAACAAAAUUCCACCAAGCGGAGGGAGAUUGCAGUUCUGUCCGAUUGAUGCUCCUCAAUACAGAGUCCGAGAGCCGCAGGCUGAAAGAAAGAAUGGAGUCCCUUGAAAUAGAGAUUGAGCAACACUUAACAACAGAAAAAGCCUACAAGUCACAGAUUUCUACCAUAAACAAGUCUCUUAUGAAAAUGGAAGAGGAGCUUCAGAAUGUGCAGCUGGAGAAAGUCUCCAUACUUGCAGAUCUCACAUCUACACAAGAGCUUUGUAUUAAAUUAGACUCUAGCAAAGAGCUACUAAAUCGGCAACUAAACUCUACAGCACAAGAAGUAGAAAGGCUGCAGAGUGAAUGGGAGUCUUCUCAUUCUGAAGUAGAACUCCUGAGGAAACAACUAGCUAAUGAAAGAAUCUCUAUGAAAAACCUGGAAUCUUUGCUGGUGUCCAACCGAGAGAAAGAAUUUCAGUCUCAGAUAGCCAAACAAGAAAAGGAAUCUGAAAUUCAGCUUCUUAAAGAGCAGCUUUCUCUGGCUGAGAAUAAACUUGCUAUCCAGAGUCGAGAUUUUGCUCAGCUCAGAAAUACAACAACUCAGCUAGAGUCUGAGCUAGAUAUCACCAAAAGGCAGCUGGGGACAGAGCGCUUUGAAAGGGAACGUGCUGUACAAGAGCUUCGUCGCCAGAGUCUUACUACUACAUACCAAUUAAGCUCUACUUUAAGGACAUCAUCACCUGAACGUUCCCUCCGUCGAUCUCCUGAUUGGACUCUGGACAGAUCCUUGGAAGGGAAUUCUACAUUCAGGGACUUCUGACAUUACUCAGGAUGACAUGAAAAGAAUCAGCACAUCCUCUAGAAAGCUGCAGGUUUAAAAUUGAACUCCGGGUUUGUUAAACAAUUGUUUUCCCCCACUGACUGCUAAAUUACGUUAAAUAUACGUUAGUAUACCAAUGUAAGAGAACACAUACUCUGAAAUUCUUUUAUUUUGGUCAAAGGAAAGAAAUCAGUCUUGAUGUUCUGUAUUUUUUGAUACAGCUUACCUUUAUUAUUUAGUGCCAUAUCACAAUGAACCAUUUCAGGAAACAGAAGGAGAAAUGCCCACAGCUGCAUCUUUACAUUGAUAGUGUACAAAGGAAAAAGUUUGUAUGUUCCCCUAUCAAAAAUGUAUACUGUAGUAGGGAAAAUGAAGAAGAGUGUAACAAUACAAAACUUACAACAGAUAUUUGGAUGCAGAUUUUUUUGUUAAGUUGGUUGUAUUUUUGCCAAGGUAUGUUGUGUUUACAUUUGAAAGCACGUGCCAAGCCUUCUCUUCAAGAUGAGGCAUAUUCUUCUCUUAAUUCCUUAGUUUUGCAUUUUGAUACUCUUGGGAUUAACAUCAGGUUUUAUUCAUUUUUAUUUCAAAGCUAGUAAAUCUAUUACCCAUCUAUGAAAAUUAGUAUGAGUGUCUGUUACAAAUAUAUACAUACUAUGAUUGGAAGGAGUAUUUAAUUAUUGAACAUAUUACAAUUGUGCUAACCUCUUAUUAAAGUUUAUUAAUGUAGAUAAAUGUUAUUUGUAAAGAUAUCUGUAUUUUAAAUUAAUUUGCUUAAAAUUUAAGAGAAAACUAAUACAAAUCUUAGGGGCUAGGUGACAUUUGUUAAUCCAUGUCAGAUUCUUGCACUCUUCAGAUGUGAGGUGCAGGCUUGACAGGUGUUAUUCAACUCUUCCAAAUCAUUUUAUAAACCUAUCACUAUACAUGGAUUUAAUAUGAAUUGUAAAGCCUAGGUAAAACUUUCUCCCUGCUAUAACCUGUCUGGGUUUAUUACCAUUUCUAUGUCUGGAAACAGUGAAAAAUAAUUCUGUUAUUUUAUUUCCAAUGAUUUUCCAUUUGGCCCUUUCCCUUAAUUUUUAUGGAGACUUCUUCACCCUUGUGACCAUAGUAACAUAGGGAAACCUUUUGAAAAUGUUUUAUGUAGUCAGUCUUUUCUUUGGGGGCAGGGAGG